AUGCUUGAUCGUCUGCUUCCUGUCUUGUUCAGCAAGGGCCACAAGGUCUUGAUCUUUUCCCAGUUCAAGACUCAACUUGAUAUUCUACAAGACUACUGCGAGCUUCGGAAAUGGAAGGCUUGCCGAUUGGACGGAUCCGUCUCUCAAGAAAGUCGCCGCGAUCAAAUCAAGGAGUUUAACGAGAACCCCGAGUUCAAGAUCUUCCUGCUUUCCACGCGCGCCGGUGGUCAAGGCAUCAACCUUGCGAGUGCCGACACUGUGAUUCUGUUUGACAGUGACUGGAACCCGCAGCAGGAUCUCCAGGCGCAGGACCGCUGCCACCGGAUCGGCCAGACUCGCCCCGUCAUUGUCUACCGUCUCGCCACCAAGGGCACUGUUGAGGAGGAGCUUCUCAUGAGCGCUGACGCCAAGCGUCGUCUCGAAAAGCUGAUCAUCAAGAAGGGAUCCUUUAAAACAAUGGGCCAGAAGAUGGACCUGAAGGAAGACCUCGACGGCGAGACUCUCAAGUCUCUGCUGCUGAAGGAUGGUCAGAUCUUCAAGUACUCCGGUGAUCACGAGGUUCUUAGUGAUAAGGAUCUCGAAGUUCUAUGCAACAGAAGCGACGAGGCGUACUCCAAGGCAGCCGAGGGUACCGCAAACGCCGACGGCUACAAGGUCAUCGAGACUAGUUCCGACGGCAUCACCAUUGCUGGACAGUCGGCCGCUUAA